AUGGCAUCAGCACUGCCGCCGACGCGACGCCGCCGCACCUCGCCGCCGGCGGUCCCGGACGAGCUCGUCGAAGAUAUCCUCCUCCGUCUCCCGCCCAACGACCCCGCCUGCCUCCUCCGCGCCUCCCUCGUCUGCAAGGCCUGGGGCGGCAUUGUCUCCGACCCCGUCUUCCGCCGCCGCCUCCACGAGCUCUACCCCGCACCCCCCGUGCUCGGCUUCCUCCACGGAUCGGCAGACGAGGACAUCCCCCACUUCGUGCACACCACCGCGUCGCCCUUCUCCCUCGCCGCCCCGGACUGGCGCUCCUGGCGGGCCGUCGACUGCCGCCACGGCCGCGCCCUCUUCCUCUCCAAGCGCAUCAACACUCGUACCUGGGAGCUGCUCCUGUGGGAGCCACUCACGGGCGCCCAGCAGCGCAUUCCGGUGCCCGCGGCGUUCAACGGCAGCUGGCCAGCCGCGGCGGUGCUCUGCGCAGUGGACGGGUGCGACCACCGCGACUGCCUUGGGGGCCCUUUCCGCGUGGUCUUCGCCUUCGCCGUCGACAACGAAGACGUUGACGACUACGAAGAGUACGUCAAUUCGGCCGGCGUGUACUCGUCGGAGACCGGCACGUGGGGCGAGCUGACCUCGACGCUCAGCCGGUUCAUCAUGUUCUUUGAAGAAUACUCCAGCCUGCUCGUCGGGAGAUCUCUGCUCUACUUCAUGUCCGACGCCGGGAUGAUCAUGGAGUACGAUGUAGCGAGGCACGGCCUGGCUAUCCUCGACCCACCGGACUGCCAGCCCGGCUACAAGCCUGACGCUGGGUUGGGCUGGGACUGCAGAUUUAAACUCAUGAUUGCCGAGGAUGGUGGGCUGGGUGUCUGUGAAGAGUCGGGUUUGCGCCUCAAACUGUGGGCAAGGGAGGCGACUGACGGCACUGAUGCACGAUGGGUGGUGAGAUGCACCAUCUGCAUGGAAAAUUUGCUUCCAGCCAGAGCCAGUGCUGCCCCGGUAUGGGAUGCGGAUAAUAGAGUGAUCGUGAUGGGCUUUGCCGAGGGACCAAAUGUCAUUUUCGUUGAUACGGUUAUCGGCAUCCUCACAAUCGAUCCACAAUCAGGGUUGGUGACGAAGGUGCAGGAUGAUCGUGGCUUCUGUAACCUGAUUCCUGUUGUCAGCUUCUACACUCCUGCCCCCCGACGCGAGGACCAGAAUCUGCUGGCGUCGACACCUUGUGAGGAGGCAGGUGGUGAGUGGGAGAAGAUGAUAAUAGAUGAUGCAUUUCGGUUGAUCGACGAGAGUUCAGAACAGUUUUGGAUGUUGUAG